AUGUCUUGGGAAAAGAUCGCCAAAGCGAAGCAAGCGGCUCUUGCGGAAUCAAUUCCGUCCGAGUAUCGCAUCCCCAAGGACCUUCUACCACCGGAUUCGCAACUCGAUGUUACACCGUGGCCCAAACAAUCAGGCUGGUUAACAGUGAAAGAGUUGGAGAUUACAGAGAGUACUGCAUCGACUAUAUUGCAGAAGAUUGCGUCGAAAGCAUGGACUUCGGAAGAUGUGACGAAGGCAUUCUGCAAACGCGCAGCAGGAGGGCACCAACUCACAAACUGCUUGACUGACUUCUUCCCUGAUGAGGCCAUCAAAAGCGCUGCAGCUCUCGACGAUCAUCUACAGCGAACUGGAAAGGUCGUUGGGCCUCUCCACGGCCUCCCAAUCUCGCUCAAGGACAACUUCAACAUCAAAGGCAAAGACAGCACAGUGGGCUUCACCUCUCUAGUCGACCAGCCUGCGGAGUAUAAUGCCACGCUUGUCGAUAUACUGCAAGGAUUGGGCGCAGUGCUUUACUGCAAGACCAACGUGCCCACAGCCAUGAUGAUCGCGGAGUCUGUCAACAACACCUUCGGUCGCACUAUCAACCCACUCAACCGCGCCCUUACUUCCGGCGGCUCAUCAGGCGGAGAAUCCGCACUCAUUGCAUUUGGCGGCAGUCCGCUCGGUGUUGGUACAGAUAUCGGAGGCAGUCUGCGCAUUCCCGCGGCAUGCACUGGGAUCUUCACGCUCCGCCCUAGUCACGGCCGCUUCACAACACAAAGAUGCCGGUCAGGGCUUGCUGGUCAAGAGGCGGUCAAGAGUGUUAACGGGCCGAUGGCCAGGACGUUGGAGGAUAUCACGAUGUAUUCGAAAGCUGUCAUUGAUGCGAAGCCUUGGCUGGUCGAUCCUACGAUGCUGCCAAUACCAUGGCAGCCUGUUGAGCCGAAACCAAAGCUCAAGAUUGCUGUCAUGUGGAACGAUGGGAUAUGCACACCCACACCGCCUGUUACGCGCGCUCUGAAGGAGACGGUGCAAAAGCUAAAGAACGCAGGCCAUGAGCUGGUCGACUGGGAUCCAAAGCAACUCCACUUGAAGGCUCUGCAACUCCUGGGUCGUAUGUUCGUGGCAGACGGCGGCAAGAGCGUCGAGGCACUACUGAAGCCCACCGGCGAGCCGUGGCGACCAGAAAUGAAAAUGUACGAAGACGCAACCGAGCUCGGCACGCUAGAUAUGUGGAAGCUGCAUCUGGAGCGUACCGAAUUGCAGCGACAAUAUCUUGAGCAGUGGGUGUCUUACGACGGGCUCGAUGCCAUCUUGUGCCCGACAGCGCCGUAUCCAACUGUCAAGCACGGCGACUUCAAGUACGUCGGCUAUACCGGUGUGUACAAUGUCGUCGACUACUCGGCCGUCUCGUUCCCCAGCGGCGUUACUGUAGAAAAGGCUGUGGAUACUCCGGCUGCCGAAUACAAGGCACAAAGCGAAUUCUGCCAGGCUGCUCACGAUAGCUACGAUGCCGAGGCGUUGCAUGGGAUGCCGGUAAGUCUGCAGCUUGUUGCACAGAGGCUCGAGGAAGAGAAGGUUCUCGCUAUGACUGCGACUGUGCUGCAGACACUCUAG